UGAACGUCAACAAUCAUGAGGACCGGGAACACUUCUCGAUUGUACCGCUUGCUGAAAGGCGUGGCUUCUCUGCUCACACAUUGGUGCGUUUGCAGGAAGGCGUGGCUUGUGGCCGUGCAACCCGGAAAAAGAAGGGCCGUGCAUGUUGCCGUGUGCCGCAGUCUUAAAAUGGCUGGAGCUGGAGGUGACAAGCCCCUCGCCGAGGCCGGCCCGAGCCCUUUAUCUCGCGUGCUGAGAAUCAGUCAGCUGGACGCUUUUGAACUGGAUGGCGCUCUGGAACAUCUCAUUUGGUCACAGUUCGCCCGGUGUUUCCAGCAUUUUAAGCCGGGCCUCUUGACCCCUGCGGAGCCGGAGCUCAAAGCCCUCCUCCAGCUCCUCCUGUGGAGGUUCACGGUCUGCUCCAACAGCGCCACCGUGGGACAGGCUCUGCUAAACAUCCGCUACCGGAACGCACUGAUCCCUGGCCAGAGGUACAGGCCCAUGAGCCGGCAGCAGAAGCUGUGGUUUGCCUUGCUGACAGUGGGUGGGAAGUGGCUUAGGGAGCGCUCCCACAUCUUAUUACUCCUGGGCCGGCCUGCUGACUCCGGCGUCCGGAAAGCUCGCGGGACUUUGGCCUUGAUCGGCGGCCUGGCCAAAGCAGCCAGCUUGUUCAACUUCUUGCUGUUCCUCCAGAGUGGCACAUUCCCCACCCUGACAGAGAGGCUGCUGGGUGUGCAGCCCGUCUUCAGCCGACCCCAGGGACCCAGGGAUAUCAACUUCCAGUAUAUGAACCGCGAGCUUCUCUGGCACGGCUUUGCAGAGUUCCUGAUCUUCUUGCUGCCGCUGGUCAACACGUGGAAGCUGAAGGCUAACGUUUCUGCACUCUUCUCCCUUUCGGCUAACACAAAAGGUGGCACAGCCACAGAAAUGUCCGGCCAAAUGGAGUGUGCUGUUUGCGGAGAAUGGCCCACCAUGCCCCAUUCCAUUGGCUGCAGCCACGUCUUCUGCUACUACUGCAUCAAAAGCCACACCAUGGCCGACAUCUUCUUCACAUGUCCCAAAUGCAGCGCAGAACUGGUGACUGUACAGCCAGUCAAACUCCAGAUAGAACUGACUGAAAUGCAUCCGAGCUGACUUCCAUAACAUGCUCAUGCUACAAACAGACCUGAUUGAUUGGGCUUUUUUGGAGCCUGUCAGCAGUACAAAUGCGAAUUUCUGUUUGAACACUGGGGUUUAUCACAGAGAUUGGCUGAUGAAAGAAUGUGGCUUGUGCCUUUGCUGAAAUGAGAGUAUUUGUUGCCAUGAAAUAUGCAAGAUUUUGUACAAAGACCGACUAGAGACAAACUUAAUGAUGUUUAAAUCUAAAUCAACAUUAUUCGUGUCGCUAAUUAAUUCCUCCUCAUGAAAGUUUGAUGGAGAGCAGGGUAUCGGAUGUUCACUUCUUUGCAUUCUUGGAUACAGCGCAGUGCAAUGAAUAAACAUCAAAACAACCCACUGCUCAAACUGCCUGCACGUUCCAAUUCCCCCCAUCCCUUAUGAAGUGCGAAAUUUGCACAAGAUCAAGGAGAGGCCAUGAUAGCAAUGGUGGGGCGGUGGAGGCAAGUGAGUGGGUGCAGAUUGACAGACAUCCUAUCCUAAUCUCCUUGGCCCUUCUUAAGACGGCAGUAAACUGUAACAAACCCUAGUAGGACCGUGCAAGUUUUAGGCAUAUUAUGCACUAAUCCUAAUAAUAAACGCAAAGAUGGUUAUUUAUUCUGGCGUUAACCUUCUCCAAUGAGCAAAGCCUCAGGCAAAAUGCACCCAAGUGGGCUCAGGCCUUCUGGAAAGUCCCACCUUUUUUUGAUCGCAUGGCCUUAAUUGCUGAUUGUGGAGGCAAUCAAUCACGACUCCAGGCUGUGAUGGGCCCCUUGGUUUGCUUGGGUGUUUUUCUGCAUCUUUGUAAUCGCUUUGCUGAAGUUUUUUGACAAAGAAUGUGCAGCUGGGAAUAUGCAGGCCUGAGCUGUCCUCAUAUGGCUUUAGCUCAUGUUUUUCAGUGGCCAAAUAGAACAGUGCUUUCUGUGUAAUUUUGAUGUUCGCAAAAAUUAUAAUUUAUCAAAAUACACAGAGAUGGUAAACUUGUGCACUGGUGAAAAUUUAGCAAUUUAUGGAGUUGUACAUUUAAAAACAUGCCUUAUUAUUCAAAAAUGGGCAACAGAAUUCAGCAUCAAGGUAGCACUGAAAACAAAAAUCUUGUUUUUGUUUGUUUGAAGGUAGCAAACCAACUUUUCCUUGCUUUUUUACAAUACGAGAGUUUCAUAUAGUGUGUAAGCACUGUUUCAAAAUAUAAAUAUUCACUUCUUAGUCCGUAUACUAAGCUAACCUGCAAUAACAGCCCAUUUUUAUUUCAUUGAUUUUGUGAGGUCAUGAACACUGGCAUAUUUACAUAUCCACCUAUUCAGCCUACAGCAGUUAAGCAGCGUCCCUUUACACUUAAGUUAUGAGGAGUGUUUCAGCCCAGACAGCUUUCUAAACAAGGCACAAUGCAAGGCAGUCAAUUAGAACAGAGACUAUUUACAUAUGAGCCUUAAAGGCACAGUAACAGAAACAGUCUGUUUAAUUCUGUGAAGUAAUGAAGACAUGCUGGAAGUGGUCAUGUGAAAAUGACUUAUGGCUGUUGCUUCAUAUAACCACACAAAUGUUAUAAGCAGUGGAAAAUAUAAAUGUUGGAUAUGGGGCCUUUAAAUGUUUUUGGUUCUAGCUAAUGUUAGCUAGAGUAGUUAGCCUGGUUACAUCUGCACCGUUUCUACCAUUUGAAACAUGUCCUUAACAAUGCUCAUGGUUACUUUUCAUUGCAGCAAAAUAUAACAUACCCAGUCCACUGGA